CGGCUGAGUGUUUAGUGUUUACGUUAUUAAAACGGACGAUAUGUGUAAGGCGAAGGAGGGGAGGAAUGUGGUAAGUGCGGCGCCGGCGGCGCGCGGCGGCCUACCUUGAGUGGGCAGGUUCACCGGCUGAUCCCGCCGCGCGCCUCUGCGCUCAGUUCUCGCCAGUCGAGUGAGCGCUCCGACAGCGAAUAUGGCUGACCAGAAGACCGUGUGCGCGUGCGCGUGUUUUAUUUUGUUUACAAUCGCGGCUGAAGCGGCCCUCUCCGGAUUAUAUAUCGAUAAUGGCGUUGAUCAGACUGUUAUACACCAUUCGAUGACUCGACAUGAACGGAUGGUGGUGGAGCAUGAAAUUCUGGAGCUUUUGGGCCUCGGUGAGAGGCCUCGGCGAGCUCGUGCGCCUCCAAUGGACCGAUCAGCGCCAAGCUUUUUGUUAGACGUAUACAAGCAGCUAGCCGAAGAGCAUGAGCAAGCACGUCCGACACGCAGCUCGGAGAUGGCACUUAGCGGUGAUGAACAACAUGCUAUCGAUGAGAGCGACCUCAUUAUGACCUUUCAAAGCAAGAGACAUCACUUAGGUGCGUUACGUCACGGCCACGGCAGACACGUCUGGUUCGAGGUGACCGGUGCCCCGGGUGACGCGUCGGCGCUGCUCACGGCGGAACUGCGUCUGCACCAGGCGCCCACGCACACCGAGGACCCCACCAGUCUCUAUACAGUCGUGGCGCACAGAGUCAUCAGCGUCGACAAUAUGGGGAGCUUGCAGAUGGAGAAGGUGGCGGCAGUCAACACAAGUGCCGGCUCCGAGGGAUGGUUAGAGCUGAAUGUAACCAGUGCUCUGUCAGCCUGGCUCUCGUCACCAGCAGACAACCGAGGCUUUUUCAUCACUCUACAUCCUCACUCGCAACCCGAACGUCACGUGAAGCCGGAAGAGAUUGGUUUAGAGGAGCCUCGUGGUGUGGUGGUUGAGGGGAAGCAACCGUUCUUGGUAGCCUUCUUCAAAAACGGGCCGAAGCUCGGCAGCGCUGAUGCUGGAGCUAGGAGGAAGCGGGAAGCACGGCGCUGGAGGUCACACGGGUACUCUGAGAACUAUCUUAGGAAUCCACUUACAGACACAUCUCACUGGACGACCAGGAGCUGUGAGAUACAGACCCUGUAUGUUAGUUUCAAGGAUUUAGAAUGGCAGGACUGGAUCAUAGCCCCGGAUGGCUACGGCGCAUUCUACUGCAGUGGCGAGUGCAACUUUCCCCUCAACGCUCACAAAAACGCCACCAAUCACGCCAUUGUACAGACACUCGUGCACUUGCUAAACCCCACCAAGGUGCCGAAGCCGUCGUGUGCACCAAUCAAGCUGACGGCGAUAUCAGUACUGUACUACACGGACGACUCAAACGUAAUCCUUCGCAAGUACAAGAACAUGGUGGUCAAGAGCUGCGGGUGUCAUUGAUCACAAACUGACGUAUUUCACAAAAAAACUAGUCUUUCAACAAAAUUAAUACGCUUCCACGUAAAAUUAGAAGCAUUUUUAGUGUAGCUUUCAAUAUUAGUAAGCAUAGUUUUGUAUUUUAUUUUUCGACAGUAUAUUCUUACAAUUAUAUUUUUCUGUUAAGUCCCUAAUGCUGUUUUGGUAAAGAUCUGAUUUUAUAUAAUUUAGUUUUAAAGUAAAAAAAUACGCUACCGAAUAUUGGUAUAAGGUAACCAGUUGUAGAGCUCGAGUGCACAAUUAACGGAAUAUGAACAAAUAUGCAAUUAAUUCGAUCUUCAAGUGACAUGGAAAAGGGUUAUCUAAGUUUUAAGAUCGCACUUCGUAAGGAAAUAAUCUUUGCCAAUCUGGCAAGUUACGAAUAUUUUCCCCAGUGACAUAUGUCCGCCAAGCAACAGCUAUGUCUAAGUUUUAGUAUUAAGUGUACUCGAAUCCAUUAUACAUAAGAUUUUUUACUAACCUUAAGUACUUUUUAUCAAGAAAAAAUUUUCAAAAUCUUCCGUCCUAUAAGAAAUUAUCUAUCAUAACUCAUAUUUAGUCGUUUGUUUUUAAAAUGUCACGUAGGCCAUUGUUGUUACAAGAAGAACUUCAUAUUUAUCGGGCCCUACCCCAUCGGGGUAGGGGAUACUCGGAAAUUUCUGAUAGUAGAAUCGUCUCACAGAUAAGAAACUGAAUUGUUAUUUAUGCAGUAGUCUUGCAAAUCAAAGCUUGUGUUGAUAACUGUCCACGUGCGCUGACGUUUAAGAUAUCGCAAAAUAUCUAAACAAUUAAAAUAUACAUUUGUCCUUUUACAAAGGCAGUCAUUUUAAAUACUUAACUUCCUGUCCCAUCCUCCCUUUUAGACUGAAUAUUUACAUACUUAAGUGGCAAAAUUAAGCUUUUUCGUUCUUGUAUUUUUCGUAUUCUAAAAGUUUGUAUAGCAUUUCACACAUUUGUCACUUUGACCAAAUAUAAAUACGUUUGUUUUCGUAAAUCAUUAAGUACAGGCACGACGUCACUUGUUGUCACCCACCCAGGCAGUCUGUUAAGGCGAGUCACGUCGCUGCGUGGCGUCUCGACUAAAACAACUGUAAUGCGAAACACAAAUACACUACAAAAUUUGAAUUAAAAUACGAACAAUGAUUUGGUAGGUCCACGAAAAAGGCAGAGCUUUUUUUUUUAGUAAACAUGCUAUUAAAUUCAUAUGCCAAUUAAGUAUCAGCUUAUGGUUUAAAUAAGUAAUGUAUGUGCCAAUUAAAUAAGUCAUUUUUAUAACAAAUUUUAACUUUUCUAGUUUAUUAUGUACAAUUAAAUAUGAGAAUUUAAGAAGAGAUGUAAAAUUUAUAAAUAAACGAUAUUUUCAUAAAUAA